ACCAGAUCCACAAGACUGCGACACCUUGACAUCAUCCUUUCCUGCCAUUUACAGACACCACAUGUAAAUUUACACGAGCGUCAGAGAUCAUAAACGGUCUGAUAUUAUUUGUUAGCAGCACGGAUUGACGCGCGUAAACAAACCUGCACGUGCGUGUUUGGAAACGUAAGUGCGCAAUAAGCUCAGCUCUCAAAUGCGUCGCCGCAGAUGCCACAUUCUACAGUGUUUUAACCUCAGCUAACAGCGACUUCAUUGACUGUCCUUACACUAUUAUAAAACAUAAAUAAAAACACGAAAGUAUCCAUGGAGUUGGAUGUGUUUGUGGGGAACACCACUGUCCUGGAUGAAGAUGUCUACCAACUAUGGUUGGAUGGACAUUCAGUUUCAGAUGCAGUGAGGCAGCGGAUGGAUGCAGGUGUUUUGCUGGAGUGUGAAGCCAGUGCUGACGUUCUGCAGAGUGACACCAUGGACCAGUUCAGAACAUUCCAGAUGUGUGAGAGCCUCCUUCAGUCCCCUUCAAAAGUGGCCAAUCAGCUUCUCUUCCAGAUCCCUCCUGACCGGCAGGCCUUGCUUAUCGAGAGGUACUAUGAGUUUGACAGCGUGUUUGCCAGAGAGGUACUGGGUAAAAAACUCUCCAAAGGGACCAAAAAAGACCUGGAUGACGUCAGUGCAAAGACUGGGAUCGCGCUGAAGAGCUGUCGGCGACAGUUUGACAAUUUCAAGCGUGUUUUUAAAGUGGUUGAAGAGCUGAAAGGCCCUCUAGUGGAGAACAUACAGAGUCACUUUCUCCUGUCGGAUGAUCUGGCAAGGGAUUAUGCUGCCAUUGUGUUUUUUGCUAACAGCCGUUUUGAGACAGGGAAGAGAAAACUACAGUACUUGUCCUUCCAGGACUUUGCCUUUUGUGCUGGUCAGCUCAUCAGCUACUGGACUGUGGGGGCCGUUGACAACAUGAUGGAAGAUAUGGAUGUUGAUCUAGAAAAAGAUUUUCUGCAUGACUUGAAAGACUUGAAGGUUUUGGUGAAUGAUAAGGACAUGCUGGACCAACACAAAAGUUUGGUGUGUGCACAGCUUAGAGGGAAAAUUAAAGUCUUUAAUGAGAUGGAGGCCAGUUUUAAGAACUUGUCAAGAGCUCUAGUUAACAUUGCCUCAAAGCUUACCCACACCAAAGAUGUCCGAGAUCUGUUCAUUGACCUCGUGGAGAAGUUCAUUGAACCGUGCCGUUCAGAUAAAUGGACAAACGGAGACCUCAGACUUUUCCUUACACACUACAGCACCUCUGUGCACACAUUAGAGGCUUUCAGGCAUCAAGUAAUAUGGGACCGAUACAUGGGUGUCAUCAAAAGCUGCAUCCUGAAAAUGUACCAUGACUAAAACACAAUGCUGGUUUCCAGUUAUCGCGACCAAAUGUCCCCUCUUUAACAGAUUUUCCUACUGUUUGUAAACAUUAUUCUUUUCAUUUUUUUUAACCCUUUUUAGCAGUACAGUUGCACUACUGUUUGUAAACGUUUCUACCUCAGCUCCCUUUAUUUAUAUUGAAAUAUUCUUCUUGUACAGACUAUUAUAAGUUUAGUAAAAAAUGUGUUUUCUACAAA